AUGCCCCCCGCAAGCAAGUCCAACGGCAGCCCUGCCCCCUCGCCCUACCCCCCCUCGCGCCCCGGGUCCUCCAAACCCGCCACCCCUUCCAAUGGUACUAGCAGCACCCCUAGCACUUAUCCUAUAUUGCGCAAGCAGCUCAUCGAUAUGCAAAAGCAUCCGGUGGACGGAUUCUCCGCCGGCCUUGUCGACGACGACAAUAUCCUCGAGUGGGGCAUUGUGAUCAUGGCCCCCGCCGACACUCUUUGGGAGGGCGCGAUCUUGAAGGCUCGACUCAUCUUCCCUACUGAAUAUCCACUCCUCCCGCCCAAGAUGAUCUUUGACUCGGAAAUGUGGCACCCAAAUGUGUACAAUUCGGGAGAAAAAAAGGGCGAAGUGUGUGUGUCUAUCCUGCACGCGCCUGGAGAGGAUGAAUGGGGAUACGAGCAUGCGUCUGAGAGAUGGCUGCCGGUGCAUACCGUCGAGUCUGUUCUCAUCUCUGUCAUCUCCCUCUUGAGCGCUGACGUUCCCGACUUGAACUCUCCUGCCAACGUUGAUGCCGCCAAGGAAGUACGGGAAGAUUAUCCUGCCUACAAGAAGAGAGUCAAGCGACUGGCGAGGAGAUCCGCGGAAGAGGCUUACGACGACUGA